AUGGGAAAGGUUCAUCUGAAGGACAACGGUAUUAAAGAAAAGAAAACAGAGUUCAGCUUAGUAAGGGUAAAAGACACCUGGAAAUGCAGGAAAGAACGAGGAAAGAAGGUCAAUAGGGACACAGUUGACUCUGUCUCUGCUGCAAAAAUCUUUGAGAGCAAGACAGAAAAGGGGAUCUCUUGGACAGUUGUGAGCCCCAUUGUGUUCACAUACAAGGUUACUGAGAGCCGAGGCCUGCUGGACCCAAGCAAUGACACACUCCUGCUUGGCCACAUCACUGACUCGCAGCAGCUUGAGGAUUUAAAAAAAUCCACUGAGCCAAUAAAACGCUUUGUGGUCAUUGACCAAGAAGUCUACAAAAUUUAUGGUGCUAAGCUUACUGAAUAUUUAGAGACAAACAAUGUUCUGUACAAGAUUUUGGCACUACCCACGACUGAGGAGAACAAAUCCAUGGAAAUGGUCUUGAACAUAGUAGAAGAGGUCAACUCUUUUUCUCUUGACCGCCGCACAGAGCCCAUCAUUGCAAUUGGUGGAGGGGUAUGCCUGGACAUAGUGGGCCUGGCUGCCUCACUUUACAGAAGACGUACCCCUUACAUCAGGGUACCAACCACACUACUCGCCUACAUCGAUGCAAGCAUUGGAGCAAAGACGGGGGUUAACUUUGCAAAUUGCAAGAACAAGCUGGGUGCCUACAUUCCACCUGUCGCUUCCUUCCUAGACCUGUCCUUCAUAAAAACUGUUCCCCGAAGACACAUCUCCAACGGUCUGGCUGAGAUGUUAAAGAUGGCCUUGAUGAAACACAGAGGCCUCUUUGAGAUUCUUGAGGAACAGGGCCAUAUGCUGUUGGACACCAAAUUCCAGGCUGACAACAGUGCGUAUGGAAACAACUGCUUGCAGACUGCAUCACAGGCAACAUAUAUAGCCAUCACAACCAUGUUGGAGGAGCUAGCCCCAAACCUGUGGGAGGAUGAUCUUAACAGACUAGUGGACUUCGGCCACCUAAUCAGCCCAGCAUUAGAGAUGAAAGUUCUCCCAUCUCUGCUGCAUGGAGAGGCAGUGAACAUUGACAUGUCUUACAUGGUGUAUGUAUCCAAAGAAAGUGGUUACUUGACAGAAGAAGAGAAGCAAAGGAUAAUCAACUGUAUGGUGGAGCUGGAGCUGCCAGUCUGGCAUGAGGCCUGUACCAUGGAGCUGAUACAAAGGUCUUUGCAGGAUAGACUUAAGCAUUCUGGAGGUCUGGUCAGAAUGCCUCUGCCCAUGGGUCUUGGGCAAUCAGAAAUUUUCAAUGAAACAUCUUGUGAGAUCCUGCACAGAGCUCAUGAAAAAUGGUGUGAUGAGCUGAGCAAUCCCUUGGACAACAACAGUGAGAGUUAAUGUGCCCAUGCUACCACUUACGGUUUUUGUGUGAUAACUUUUUAAAAUUAUGUAGGGAAUGUAUAUGAAUGUAUUUUCAUUGUUCAAAUUAUUUUUGCAAAGCGAUUGCAGUAGAAAUCAAUUCAAGGAUGUAUUUUUACAUUAUGACAACAUUGACCAGAUGUCUCGUAUUGGCACGACGAGUACUUGUUUCUACAGAUUUCAGCCAAGCAUGUGCUCUUCUAAUGUUUCUUUGCCAAUGCUGCAUGCCUUGCCAAUCAAUUAAAAUGUCUGUAAACAGAUUAAAUAAAACAAAAGCAGCAUUAUUUUAAC